GCGGGCCGCGCCGCGCCCCUUCCGCCAUCGCGCCGGCCGGCACGGAUGCUGUUGUAACAGGUAUAACGUUUGAAUAGUUUUUGAAUGUGGUGUGCUUGGAGUACGUAAUUGGGAAGGAUAAUUUAUCCAAGGCACUCUGCUGAAGUUUUCAUUUGCAGAAGAUAUUUCAUGACAUUUUUAUUAGCCAAAACGAAAUGCUGAACAAGCACCAGUGCCAAAAAAGCAAAAUAAUCACCAAAAAAAAACCCCAUUUUGUUGACUGAUAGCAAUGUUGUCACUACUGUAUCUUUUGAGUUUGGUUGGAAUUAAUUAUUCUCUUAAUGGAGAAAAGAAUGUAACUUUCCCUGAAUCAACAAAUGGGCAGCCUUUUCCUUGGAACCAGCUAAGGCUUCCAGGCUCAACAAUUCCAGUCCACUAUGAUCUUCUCAUCCACCCCAACCUGACUUCAUCAGUAUUCACAGGCACUGUGAAGAUUGAAAUCAGUGUAACGCAGGAAAGCAGAGCUGUAGUCUUGCACAGUAAACAGUUGGAAAUCACUAAAGCAUUCAUUGAACAGGAAAAUGGAAAGGGACAAGCAGAUGUUAAACAGCUACAAGUUUUAGAAUAUCCUCCACAUGAGCAAGUUGCCUUUCUGACCACUGAACCUCUUCAGGUGGAUAAGAAUUAUUUCCUUUCAAUUAACUAUAUUGCCAAUCUUUCCGAUGGCUUCUAUGGGUUCUAUAAAAGCACCUACAAAACCAGGAAUGGUCAAACAAGAUUGCUGGCUUCUACUCAUUUUGAACCAACUUCGGCCCGCAUGGCAUUCCCAUGUUUUGAUGAACCAUCCUUUAAAGCCAGUUAUACAAUAAGGAUUCGGAGAGAAGAGCAACAUGUGGCAAUAUCUAAUAUGCCAAAGUUAAAGACUUUGAAACUAGGCAGCAAUCUGUUCGAAGAUCAUUUUGCAGAGACUGUUAAAAUGAGUACCUAUUUGGUGGCAUUUAUAAUUAGUGAUUUCCAGUCAAUCAGUGGCACAACUUCAUCAGGAAUUGUGGUGUCUGUAUAUGCUAAUCCAGAGAAGCUGACCCAAGCCCACUAUGCACUGGAAGUUGCUAUCAAGAUACUAGAAUUUUAUGAGCAGUAUUUUGGUAUCUCUUACCCACUUCCAAAACAAGAUCUUGUUGCUGUCCCUGACUUCCAGUCAGGAGCUAUGGAAAACUGGGGCCUGACUACAUACAGAGAGACUUCUCUGCUUUAUGAUCCUGAAACAUCUUCGGCUUCUGACAAACUUUGGGUGACUCUGGUGGUAGCACAUGAACUGGCCCAUCAGUGGUUUGGUAAUCUAGUCACCAUGGAAUGGUGGAAUGACAUCUGGCUGAACGAGGGGUUUGCAAGAUACAUGGAAUUCAUAUCUGUUGAUGCUACAUAUCCUGAGUUGCAAGUGAAUGAUUAUUUAUUAGAUACCUGCUUUGCAGCAAUGGGAAGGGAUGCUGUGAACUCAUCACAUCCAAUAUCUUCAAGAGCAGAAAACCCAACUCAGAUUAAAGAAAUGUUUGAUACUAUUUCUUAUAACAAGGGGGCUUGUAUUCUGCAUAUGCUGAGGGACUUUCUGACUGAGGAGGUAUUUCGGAAUGGGAUAAAUCAUUACUUAAAGAAGUACAGCUAUAAAAAUGCAAAGAGCAAGGACCUUUGGGACAGCUUGGCUAAUACUUGUUCUGAAGAGGAUUUUACUUCUGGUAAAUACUGUUAUAGAAAAAGUGAGUCUGCUCAACAUGUGUAUGACUAUUACCUCAGUGAACACUUUGAUGUUGCCGAGAUAAUGGAUACCUGGACUGUUCAGCAAGGACUUCCAUUGAUUAUUGUUGAACAAAACUGGAAGAGAAUCAAAAUAAAACAGGAACGCUUUUUGAAGGGCAUUUUCCCAGAAGAUCCUCAGUGGUCCUCAAUGCAAGCUGGGUUCCUGUGGUAUGUUCCUUUGACAUACAUCACAAGCCAUUCCAAAAAUACUGGAAGACACUUAAUGAAGAAUCAUUCAGAUAUGAUAAAAUUGGAGGAAGACGUCAGCUGGGUGAAAUUCAAUGUGGACAUGAAUGGUUAUUACAUUGUACAUUAUGAGGGAAGUGGAUGGGACAAUAUAAUUAAACUACUGAAUGAGAAUCACACCCUCUUCAACUACAAAGACAGAGCAAAUCUGAUCCACGAUGCUUUUCAGUUGGUCAGUGCAGGGAGAUUGUCACUGAACAGAGCCCUGGAUCUAACACGGUAUCUGCAGCACGAGACAAGUAACAUCGCACUGCUGGAAGGCCUGGGCUGCCUGGAAGUGAUCUAUCGCAUGAUGGAGAGGAGAAAUAUUUCUGAUCUCACAGAAAGUCUAAAGCGGUACAUUUUGCAGUAUUUUAAACCAGUGAUUGACAAGCAGACCUGGAGUGAUGAGGGCUCUGUUUCUGAAAGAAUGCUUCGUUCCAGUCUUCUAGAGCUCGCAUGUGACCUGCAGUAUCUUCCUUGUGUCCAGAAGGCAACUGAACUUUUUAACAAGUGCAUGGAAAGUGGUGCAAAGAUAAGUGACAUUCCCUCUGAUAUCCUUGGAACUGUGUACUCUGUAGGAGCCAAAACAGCAGCUGGCUGGAAUUUUCUUUUGGAUAGAUAUAAAGUGUCUGUAUCUGGUGCUGAGCAGAGAAAGAUCUACUCAGCUCUGGCAAGCAGUAAAGAUGUUAGUAAGUUGACAAGGCUGCUUGAACUUGGGAUGGAAGGAGAUAUAAUCAAGAUUCAAGACUUGCCUUCAGUUAUUUAUUCAGUCAGCACAAAUCCGUCUGGACAACUCCUUGCAUGGAACUUUGUAAAGAAAAAUUGGAACAGGCUACUAGACAAAUUUCCCUUGGGAUCCUUCUCAAUUAGAACCAUUAUAGUUGGAACAACAUCGUACUUUUCUUCAAAACAGGAACUGCAAGAGGUCAAGUUAUUUUUUCAGUCUGCAAAAGAGGAGAUAUCACAGCUGAGAGCAUCUCAGAUUGCACUGGAGAAUAUAGAAAAAAACAUAAGAUGGUUGGAAAGAAAUGUAGCUAUAUUAAGAAAGUGGAUAUUAGAGAAUCUAAAGUAAAGGUGCUUGAGUGAAAAACAGUGCUAUUUCUGAGUACGGAUUUCCCCUCUUCCUUUAAAGAAUACCAUAGCAUUUGCUACUGUAUUUUAUUCUUGCUAAGAUGUGGUAUUUGGUUAAUUAGAACUUUUCAAUUUACUGAUCAUCUUAGAACCUUGAGGGAAACCUGUUAACAGUGCUUCAUUUUAUUUUCUUGUAUGCUACUGCUUACAUCUUCAUGCCAAUUGGGAAAAAAAAGUGUGACUGCAGAUUCAGAAUUAUGUUUGUUUGUAUGUAUACAUGCUUGUGACUUCACAAAAGAAUUGAUACCGUAUUUGGCAAGGUCGAGGUAUGUUACAUGUAUAAUAUAGGAAUGAUGCUAAAUUACUGCUGAGCUUCACAGGCUUUGUUAUCUCAUCUGUUGUUUGUUAUCAGGGAUUUCUUCUGUUUCUUACUGAGCAACUUCCUACACCUUUUUGUCUUUAGUGAUCUGAGAAAGAUAGAACAACUUCUACCAAAGAUAAAAUGCUUUGAAAAGUGCAGAAUACAAACGAUUUCAUAUUUGAAAAGCCUUAAAUUAAAAUUGCCUCUAUAUGC